CGUCGUGGCUCUCACUCAAAAACUGUCAACAAACAACCGCGACGCGUCCCGCUCACGUCUGCUCUCGCCCUCUCACGUCUUCUGCAGCAAAAUCAACAACAAACGAUGGACGUGGCUUCGCGAUGGACGCCGGACAGCACGGUUGACGCUCUCGCCACCUCUGUCAGCUCGGUCUCUUUGCAGACGCAGGGCGACAUCCUUGCCUCGAACAGAGCCCCGACAGAUCCGCCGGAGACAAAGAUCCUCCGUGAUAUACCAAGCACUCUACAAGGACUCAACUCUGCAACCCUUCCAUUUUCUUCACAGGCAAGCAUCACUCUGCCUACCACCCUGCCUCUUCCCUCAAUCUCAGUCCUGCACUCCGUAGUCGAGCCCGCGCUCAUCUACAAAAGCCUUUUACAAUUCGUCGACUCUCCAAGCGGUCUGACCGGCCAAGCUUUCCGUCGAGUGGUCGACGCAGAGAUGCGUGGUUAUCUGACCCUCGUCACUCGUAUCGAUGAGGAAAUCCGCAAAGAACUACAGCACGAGAAAACCAGCCCUGAGUGGAAGCAAGGCUGGACGUCGGGAGGUGUCACGCUUAAAAAAUGCGUGUACUGGCUGAGAGAGCCGACUAUGGUCUUACGUUUGAUAGCUGACAUGGUGUCGAAAUGUGCAGAUCUAAACGGAGGCGAACUCAUCAACGAGCUCUACCAAUACACAUCUCACGGUGACCCGUUUAUAUCAGAUUUUGCAAACCGGAUCCUGCAAGACGUCUGCCGUCCGUUCUACGAGUUUGUCCAGCAAUGGAUCUACACCGGCGACUUCCGCGACCCGUACGCCGAGUUCUUUAUCCGCAAAGCCGGACCGCAGGAAGAAAAUUGGGGGUCAAAGUAUAGUCUCGAGAGCAAACAUGUGCCUGCUUUUAUUGAUGAGGAUCUGGUGCAGAAGAUUUUCCAGACCGGGAAGAGUUUGAAUUUCCUGCGGGCGUCCUGCGGCGAUGGCGAGUGGGUUGAUCAGCAUGGCGCGAGCUUGUCGAGACAGUUUUCGUACGGCGAAGAGGCAAAAGACUUGGAAGGUGCGAUUGAUGUGGCGUAUAAAGCUACGCUGCGACACUUGAUGAGUCUGUUGACGUCCAAGUUCCAGCUCCACGACCACAUUCUCGCCUUAAAGAACUAUAUCCUGCUCGGACAGGGUGACUUUGUCGCCAUGCUGAUCGAACUCUUGGCCCCGUCGCUCGGUCGUCCGGCAAAUACUCUAUACCGACACCACCUGACGUCUACUUUAGAGACUGCGAUCCGCGGCUCGAACGCUCAGUACUCUAGACCAGAAGUGCUUCGAAACCUGGACGCGCGAAUGCUAGAGUUUGUCCACGGAGAGAUCGGCUGGGACGUCUUCACGCUCGAAUACCGAGUCGAGGCUCCUCUGGACGUCAUAAUCAACCCGUACGCUACCCGGCAAUAUCUGAAAAUAUUCAAUUUCCUCUGGCGCGUGAAGCACGUCGGCUUUGUCUUGAACGUCACCUGGGCAAAGUCAAUCACCGGCGCUCGCGGUGUGCUGGGCGACGUAGGCGAUCUCGUGGGCCAGGACUGGAAGCUUGCGCGGGCAUGCUGUGGGGAGAUGCUUCAUUUUAUAUGCCAGCUGGAGUACUACGUGCUCUACGAGGUGAUUGAGUCGUCGUGGUCGGAGCUGCAGACCGAGCUAAAGCGCGAAGAUCUCACGCUCGAUCAACUGAUUGAAGUACACAAGAAAUAUCUCGAAAACAUCACAAGGAAAGCACUGCUCGCGUCUAGUCGGCAAGGGAAAGAAGACGUUUACCGCGGUCUCCUCCACGAGAUUUUAAAGACCAUGCUCGCGUUCUCAGACGCGAUGGAAACCCUCUACGCGUUCUCGGUCGAGGAGUACACGCGCCGCCAGACGGGCGAGCAAGACCAGGCGGACGAAGCGCUCCUGUCCUCGAUCCGGACGACGAUGAAGACGCUCAAGUCCGAGUUCCAGACGUUGGUGGGGAAACUGCUGGCUAAUCUGGCGUAUCAGAGUGAUAUGGAAAUGCGAUUUUUAGGAGUCCGGUUGAAUUAUAAUGAGUACUAUGCGGUUUCGAGAAAGAAUCGGACUACAGAGAUGUGAGGUUAUGUAUUUUUACUUGUGGUUGUUUGUACUGGCGUAUUAUUUUUUUUUCGUUAGACG